AGCAACAGUUUCCACCUCUCUCUUAUUCCAGGGGGUGUGCACUUUGCUUCCUUGUAUGUUAAAAACGUCUUGCAGGCAUGGUUGAACACUCAGGAGGCAAAGGCAGGCAGAUCUCUGUGAGUUCAGGGCCAGCCUGGUCUACAUAGCCAGUUCCAGGCCAGCCAGAGCUACAUAGUGAGACCCUGCCUCGAAACAAAAGUCAUAUAAUCAUUUUUUAAUGUCACCAUUCUGGAAUUGAUGAAAUUCACAGAAGAGUCUUAGUAGAAAAUGACAUUUUGCAGAACUACAGGACACCAAGUAAACAAAGAGUAGACAAAAACAUACAAUUCAAAAGGGGAUAAACGCCUUUAUAAAAAGAUGUUUUACAUGGACUUUUUUUGUUGUGUGUGCAUGCACACACUACGACACACACGUGUGGAGGUCAAAGGGCAGUUCGCUGAAGUCGGCUCUCUCCUUCCAUUGUGCAGGUCCCAGGAUUAGGUGGUACUGAACUCCGGCGGUCAGUCUUGACAGUAACCAUCUUUACCCAUGAGCUACCCUGCUGGUCCCCAAAAGAAGCCUUUUCUAAAUACCAACCAGGUACAGCGUUAAAUGCGCUCAUUCCAUGUGGCAUUAACUCUCUACCCAGUUCUGACACUCACGGCUGUUGCUGGCCUGGUUGUACCUAUUCAGAAAUAGAGGCUUAAAAAAACUAAAUCCUGCUGGCCAACCUCUGGUAGCAAGCAGGAAAGUGGCCACACCGUGAUCUAAUCCUGUCUGUCUGGCCUGUGAGUCAGCCAAGGUGCCCCAUACUCUCUUCUUCUGCAGAGAAAAGCUAUUCCCCACCUCCUCCCCCACCCCCUGAGAAGAGCAGCCCUUUGGGUUCUAGGGUCUCCUGGUAAGCCAGUGAGUGGGCCAUGAACAAGGACCCCCUCAACGUCUUUGUUACCUGCCUGCUCUUAGGAGAGGCCGCCAGGGGGCGCCUUCCGGGUCUGGCUUCUACAGCCGUGGGAAGCCCACAUCCGCCCAGCAGGUGUCCCUGCCCAGAGCAAACAGGCGGCUGGGGAGCCCCGGGACCUUGAAGAUAAGGCUUGGAUGAAAUAUAUCCAGUGCGAGCGUUGAAGGCAGAGGUGUGGAGGGUACCGAAGACAGUGGUACUAGCCGUGCCCAGAGGGCAGCGAGAGAGAGGCUGGGGCCUCGACCAGCGGCCAUGGACCCCAUGGGGACAACAGACCCCUCGGUGCCCCCGGGCCCUUUGACUCACCUGAGCCUGCGGGACAGCUCAGAGGCGCGGCUACAGAGCGACGGGCCAAGCCUCCUGGGGAGUUGGACCAGGUCACCCCCAGAGCAUGCCACCAUCCUGAGGGAAGGUGUGCGGACGUGCCUGCAGCAAAGAUGUGAGCAGACUGUGUGGAUCCUGCAUGCCAAGGUGGCUCAGAAAUCCUAUGGAAAUGAGAAGCGGUUCUUCUGCCCUCCGCCCUGUGUCUACCUCGCCGGUCCUGGCUGGAGGGUGAAACCAGUGCAAGACCAAGCCCACCAAUCUGUGGAGACCGGGCCCACCGUCUGCGGUUACAUGGGACUGGACGGAGCGUCCAGCAGCACUCCCGAGACGCAGAAGUUGAAUUUCGAAGAGCAGCCGGACUCAAGGGAAUUUGGUUGUGCUAAGACCCUGUACAUCUCCGACGCCGACAAGAGGAAGCACUUCCGGCUAGUGCUGCGGCUUGUGCUGCGAGGAGGCCGGGAGCUGGGCACCUUUCACAGUCGCCUCAUCAAGGUGAUCUCCAAGCCCUCACAGAAGAAGCAGUCGCUGAAAAACACAGACCUGUGCAUCUCCUCGGGCUCAAAGGUCUCCCUUUUCAACCGCCUGCGCUCCCAGACAGUGUCCACACGCUACCUCUCUGUGGAAGAUGGAGCCUUUGUGGCCAGCGCAAGACAGUGGGCUGCCUUCACACUCCACCUGGCUGAUGAGCGCUGUUCCCAAGGGGACUUCCCACCUCAAGAAGGUUACAUCCGCUAUGGCUCCCUGGUGCAGCUUGUCUGUACGGUCACGGGCGUCACACUGCCUCCUAUGAUCAUCCGCAAAGUAGCCAAGCAGUGUGCCCUCCUUGACGUGGACGAACCCAUAUCCCAGCUACACAAGUGCGCAUUCCAGUUUCCAGGUGAUACUCCAGGAGGGGGUGGCACCUACUUAUGCCUUGCCACAGAGAAGGUGGUGCAAUUCCAGGCUUCCCUGUGUCCCAAGGAGGCUAACAGGGCACUGCUCAACGACAGCUCUUGCUGGACCAUCAUUGGCACCGAGUCGGUGGAGUUCUCCUUCAGCACCAGCCUGGCCUGUACUAGGGAACCUGUCACUCCAGUGCCCCUCAUCAGCACUCUGGAGCUGAGCGGCGGUGGUGAUGUAGCCACGCUGGAGCUGCACGGAGAGAAUUUCCACGCUGGGCUCAAGGUGUGGUUUGGAGAUGUGGAGGCGGAAACCAUGUACAGGAGCCCGCGGUCCUUGGUGUGCGUGGUGCCAGACGUGGCGGCCUUCGGCAGCGACUGGCGUUGGCUGCGCACUCCCAUCACCGUGCCCGUGAGCCUGCUGCGUGCAGAUGCGCUCUUCUACCCCAGCGCCUUCUCUUUCACCUACACCCCGGAAUACACCGCGCGGCUGCCCAACGCGCACGAGCCCGCCCCUGAUGCAGAUGCGCUGCUUGAGAGCAUUCACCACGAGUUCACGCGCACCAACUUCCACCUCUUCUGCCCCAGCUAGGCACCGCCACCUGUGACAGAUGCCCACCCGCAGCUGUCCCUGGAAGGGGGUGGAUGUAUAUUCGACUUCCUUGUCCCAUUACUAUGACAGGGCAAGAGGGAGGGAGAUUUCUCACCUGUCCUCAGACAUAUGGGAACUGUCAAUCAUGAGUGAUGUUCUAAUGUC